AUGGUGUACCAUCACAGCAAGAACUUAAGCACCAUCGCGCAUUACCAUAACAGAACCAGUUUGAUCCUGCCGCCAAACAGGAAGAACUGUGCUCUACUCCUCUCCAGUGUGCGUGUCUCAGAUGAUGGAACAUACACGUGUUACUAUCAAAACUCACCCCUUCUGUAUUCUUCUGUAUCACUGCAGGUGUUUGCAAAGUACACUGUGCAGUGUAUUUACCGUAAUCCCAGUUCUGGACUAUUCUACUGUGAGGCAUCUGGAGGAUAUCCUGAAGGCAGGAUACAGUGGAAACUGAGAGGGCAACCUUUGUCUCAGCCUUCUGUCACCCUCAGCAAUAAAGACCACCAUACAGGCCUCUAUUAUAUGAACAGCUCUCUCAUAAUCAAUGUCACUGACCUGGACGCUCUUACGUGUGUGGUGGAAAAUCCAAGAGAUCGCGUUAUUGUUCAGAAGUGCGGCGGUGCAGACGGCAAACCAGACAUGCAGUCUGCAGGUCCAGAGAUCCCUCAGGUCAAAGCUCUUACAGGGGUUGUCCUGGCAUUGUUUGUGCUCUGUGCUGUGCCUCUAAUAGUUAAAUAUUACAAAGAACAUCAGACUCACAAACCACAGGAUGAUGAAUUACAGCAACAGAAUGACUUGCUGGAGAACCAGAGGAACAAGAAGUCGCACAUACAAAAUAUACACGCUUAG